CAUCGUCCCUUAUAUACCCGGAAUGUGUUUUAUUGUUGAGCAUAGUGCGUGCGAUUUCACACUCGUUCUAGGAUUGGGCGAACGUGCAUGGACCAACACUAAAAGGAUUGCCAAGCUGUUAAACGUUUUGUGACCGAUCCCAAAAACCUUCAAUAGAGAUUCUACUAGGAAAUUUACUUCCUGGAAUACACAUUUCAAACAAAAUUAUUUAUCACUUCAUCUUAAGAUUGGUUUGGAAGAAAUCGCAGCAUUGACCCUUUUUCAGGAAGAGUAGACCCGUACGGACACUGGAACAAUUUCUUCGUCAGCGCCAGGCCAGGAAGCGAGUGAUAGAUAAUGAAGAAAUUAUUUUUGAUUUUGAUUAUCGCUUUUAGCAUUGUUCAAUUCUACAUUUACAGCGGAAAAUCAAUCCUGAAGUUAACAAGAGAACGGUUUAUAAGAUCGAAUACUACCAGUUUAUCUGAUGAAUAUAGGCCUAGUACGAUGAGAACAUUCCAAACAGAACAGACGACACCUCAGACGACGGCUUCGGUUCCUUUACUUGGGUGGUUGAAAGAUGUGCAUUGGAGGCCAGCCCCAAAGCUAGAUAUAUAUGACUAUUUUAUCAGUCCUUUUGACAAAUGCAAGGUGGAGAGGGGUACUAUCACGUUACUGGUGUUAGUCAAAUCAGCACCGGGCAAUGGCCAACGGAGAGAGGGGGCAAGGCAGUCCUACAUACGAGGAGCGGCGGAGAAGAACGUAUCAGCCAGGGUAGUCUUUGUCAUUGGAGAUUCUGAAGAUCAAGGAGAAAGGGACAACAUCCAAAAGGAAUCUCAGACACACGGGGAUAUCGUGGGAAUUGGAUUCCAUGACAACUAUUACAACCUCACCAUCAAACUCAUCAUGAGUUUCAAGUGGGCGAUCAACUCUUGUAACAGUGCCUUUGUGUUGAUAACUGAUGACGACGUCGUUAUUGACCUCGUCACUCUGGUCAACGACCUCAAUGCUAUACCCCAGUCGGAGCGCGCCAAGAUCGUUAUUGGGACGAAGGGAGUCGGUUUCAGUCCGCAUCGAAACACCGUCAGCAAAUGGUACAUCCCUGAGGAAUUCUAUCCCAACAAGGAUUAUCCACCAUUUCCAUUCGGACACGGAUACGUGAUGUCACACGAGGUUGUGGAACAGCUUGUUCAAGUUUCCAGAGAAACACCGGCACUGAUACCAUUUGAUGACGUUUACUGUGGUAUCCUGCUUGACAAAUUGGGCGUCACAAUCCUCCACCAGCCGGUUUGGUUCAAAGACCGCCACCCGGUAAAGCAUGAGCAAGGUUAUUUAAAAAUUGAGGUACCAGUGCCGCAAAUGAAGACAUCUUGGGAAACGUUUGAGGUGGAUAUAGAACAUGUUAAAAGAUGAGUUACUGCAUGGUGGGAACGUUACCGUGGUUUUGUUUUUAGUUUGAUGUUUUUACUUGUUGAUGGAAUCUAAUUAUCGUCGUUAGCAGCCGCCAUCAAUCCUCAUCAAUACAUUUUUCUUGCAUUUUAACAAUUGUUAAGAAGCAGAUCAUCAUUCAUAUCUAUCAAAGCAAUAAUGUUUAAUCAUCAUUCCUGAUCAUUCAUUGUACCUUAAGGCUAUAAGAUCCAUAUUUGCAUACAACAAGAUAUGCAUAUAACUUGAAGAUAUGGAUGUGAAGAUGAGCGGAAAUCUGAAAAUAAUGUCGACUUAUUUUACAUCCGAUUUUUUAUAAAAUUUCCAGUGCUAUGCUUAUUUGAAUUCUUUUAUAUAAUAUGUAUACGAAAAACAAUAUUUUUGUUAUGGUGGACUUGCCUUUAUCAUGUGAAUGGGAAUAAUCGAUGCCUUAAUUCGUAAUGAUUCAUAAUUUCCGCUUGAUAUAAAUACUGAUUAUAAUAAUAUCGACCCAGAAUGGAUGUGUACAAUAGAACAACUGAGGAGUCGUAUUCUGUUGGCACAUACUCUUAAAGGUUGAACACUUUGACAUAACGGCAAAAAACUUCCAAAAUGACGAACGAAUUUGAAAGUGUACAUAAAUCUUGAGGAAUUAUCAAUAAAAAGUCGAUAGAUUUGAACAGUGAUUUAUUUUUUUGAGAAGUUUUGCAAUGUAAAAUAUUAUUUUACAAAAUAAGGAUAGAAUAAAUUGUCUUGCCUGAAAUAAAUCAAACGAAAGUGUAUAUAAAUCUCGAGGAAUUAGUAAUAAAAAGUCUAGAUUUGUACUGUAAUUUAUUUUUUAGAAAGAAAAUUCGUUUAUCAUGCUAGAUUACUCGGAAUCGCUUUAUCCACCCCUAAUUUUUUUAAGUGAAUUACUGCAAUGUUAGGGAAACUUGUUGCAUCGGAAGAAGAAGCUGCAAUUUUUUUUUUUUUUUUUUGCAUUUGCGCUCUCAUCUGACGUUAUGACAUUUUAUGAAUUCAUUUUUUUAUUCAUAAUUUUAAUUGCACGUGUCAAAAUUGAAUCAUGGUUAAGAAUAUUUUGUGUCUGAGGCAUGUUUACACGCCAUUGGUGAAGGAUGAAUAAAGAGUUAUUUGUGUCCAAUA